CACGGGUUUCCGUAGGUGUCAAAUUUUAUAGCCUCGGACUCGUUCACUGACAAUAAACAAGAUGAACAAAUACAGGAAGCAGAUGGCAGAGCAGUUCCUGAGUCAGGCCCUGGGCAUCAUCUGCCUGCUGACGGGAGAGGAAUAUGUUAUUGUGAAAAAGAGGCACUACCAAAGUAACAGUCACCGGCUGAGUGGAGAGGUACCUAUAAAGUGUGAUGAUUUUGCUGUGUAUUUCUCUAUGGAAGAAUGGAAGUAUAUAGAAGGACACAAUGAGCUUUACAAGGACGUCAUGAUGGAACCUCACCAAACACUAAGUAGUAUAGAGAUCCCAGACAACGAGAGUUUAGAACUAACAGGUCACAAUGAUGAAAAUCUAGACACGGGAGCACAAGGAGAACUUGUACAGAAUAUUCAGCCAUCAGAUGUCUCUGCAGGUAAAAAUGGUGCUAAGAUUUCAUCUAAGGCGGAAAAAUCAGAAUAUCAGUGGCUAACAAAUAUCACAGAAGCUGCACAGCAGGAGAUACUAGGUCCAGGUUAUGAUAAGAUUGAAGUCACACUUAAUGCUGAAGAAACAGAUGAUCUGUAUGUAAAGAGUCAGCUGCAAGCUGUGAAGCAGGAAAUCAGUGACAAUAUCAGUACAGGUGAAUUCACAAUCAGCAAUAAAUCUAGUCAUGAUCAAGAGUGCUUAUGUUUCUUUCAAUCGUCUUCAAAAUCAAAGAAGCCGCAUGGCCCAAUGUUCAUAUUGUGGGAAAUGUUUUUACCAGGAAAUCAAAUCUUAAAACUCAUCUGAAAAUUCAUACUGGAGAGAAAACCAUAUUCAUGCUCUGAAUGUCCCAAAGGCUUUAUCCGAAAAUCACAACUUAUUGAGCAUCAGAAAGUUCAUACAGAUGGGGAAAACAUUUUUAUGUUCUGAAUGUGGGAAAUGCUUUAUCCAGUAUUCACAACUUAUUGAGCAUCAGAAAGUUCAUAGAAGCCGCAUGGCCAAUGUUCAUAUUGUGGGAAAUGUUUUACCAGGAAAUCAAAUCUUAAAACUCCAUCUGAAAAUUCAUACUGGAGAGAAAGCAUUUUCAUGCUCUGAAUGUGGCAAAGGCUUUAUCCGAAAAUCACAACUUAUUGAGCAUCAGAGAGUUCAUACAGAUGAGAAAGCAUUUUCAUG